AUAAAAAUUAUAAGUACUAAACCGUAAUUUGCCAAUGAUCCAUGGAUCCAAUCCAUGAAUCCACCAAUCCAAUUGGAUUUGGAUAAAAUGGAUUGGAUUUAAAUGAAUUGGAUUAGGUAGAUAUUUUUAAUGGAUUGAUUGAUUUGAUUGGUGGAUUGGAUUCAAAUUGCGACCUCUACCCACGAUCCAUGGAGCUACACUCAUGCUUCCACUUCCCUACUUACGGGAUAAACGCUCUGCUAACUUGUACCCAAACUUGACUGUGUAAACCCCAGAAGGAUCCUCCCGCCACACCAGCUUAUCAGCAAGCGGCACCUUAGAUACAGGAAUUUCUAAAAUGGCCCGCCAUGUCCUGUCUGAGUAAUUGGCAACCAUUUCCUUGGUGAUGGUAUAGCAAGAUUUGCAAUAGAGUAAAUAUUCAUUCUUGAACAAAGAGGGAGGGUUGAAUUUCAAAAAAGUUAAAGGAGAAAUUAGGAAGAAUACACGUGUGAUCAAAGUCUUGCGUUCUUCUUCCUUUUACCUUCACUUGGUCUGGGCCAAGUCCUUUUUUUCAAUACUCGCUGUAGGCCGAAAAGCCUCGGGCUUUCGGACACAAUUAAUACAUGCAGUAGAAAAGCAAAUAGCCCAAGAUUUAGAGACAUUUAGGCUAGCCACAAUUCGAAUUUCGAUGGCUAGGAAUUAGGGGUUAAAGGUAAAAUGACAUUUUAGCUUUAUUGAAAACAGAAACAAAUUGCAACCCUGAAAAAUAGCUCCUCGUAUAAUUUCAUGUUUUUUUUUGUUUAAUAAAUCUAUCUUAUCAACACUUAAACUUAAUAGGAACACUCCAACAAAGUUUUAAAUACUGUAUUAAAUAAACUAAUUUAAUUUGUUUAUACGUUCAUACUAUCUUCCAUUUGGUAUUAACAGAGAGUUGAGAAAAUUGUAUUUAAAAAAAAAACCAGAGUUGGGAAAAGUUGUCAUAUUUGACAAAUUAACUGAGGCCUGGCUGGCUCGACAGGCCUCCUCUCUUCUUGUACCACAGUUGGUGCUGGACCGAAUCGAGCCCAAUGACGGAGCCCAACGGGUCAUUGAGUAGAAAUGCAGAUAGAUCACCAAAAAAAAAAAGGAGAGACCGUUCGAAGACGCGCUGGGAAUAGCGAGUGGGAGUUGAAAAAAGAUAAGUCCAUCUCCGGCUCCCUGAUCUGGUUAUGACACGUCAUCCAUUAUCUCGCCACAAACAGAAAUCCAGGAACCCAGAAGCAGAGGAAAGCCUUCCUUCCAAACCAAAAACGCUCCGUCGGUGCUUUCGUCGCCCGUCGCCCGCCGCCGCCUAUGGUUGGGCCUUGACCGGAACCCCGCUCCGACGCUCAAACCCACCAUGGCAGUUUCCCUGAAUUCAGUCAUUGGGUUCAACUCCACGCUGCAAGCCAAGCACCGACAGCAUUACUCACAAUCCCCUGCCGUGUCUUUGCCCGCAUUGUCGCACUCACUCGCACCAUUUCGCUCCACCUCGAAGCCACAACGUUUGAUUCCAUCAGUUGCAGAUAGCGAUCGAGUUGCCACGGACACCAACCAACUCAAUGAUCCAGUCCCCAAUAAUGAGCAAUUGAAAGCCUCCUCUGAAGAAGUUCAACCUCCAAAGCCAGCACCAGUACCACAACCAAGGCCCAAAAGAUCAUCACCACUAACAGCCAGGGAGAGAUUGAAGGCUGCCCGAGUUCUCAGCCGGUACCCGGAAUCGAAAGCAACCAAGCCAGACAUGGGGAAGAAAGUGCUUGAUGCUUUGAGGGAGAGUGAUAAGGGCAAGAAGAGGUCUAGACUCCCUGAAGCACCAACGAACAUGUUGGAUGAUGCUAAAAGAGGGAUGCCGAAUCCAGGGUGGACGUUUGACUUCCCGGGGGGUAAUGAUCUGCUGGUAAUUGCCUUCUCGUUUGUGUUCAUCAGCACUGUCAUGUUUGCUACCACUUUCAUCGUCUGGAAAGUUGGUGCCAUUCACUUCAACGAGUUUUGAAUUAUUUAGUUGUAGUUUCAGGUGCUGUAGUAAUUUACAUGAUCUGGAAACUUUCAAGCUUCUUGUGUUCUUAGACAGAAACAUACAGAUGUGCAGCGUGCUAUGUAUAUGUACAAAGAGUUGCUUGAUGAAGAUGGGUAAUAUAUGGGACAGCAAUACUUGCCUUGCUUCCAUUCCAUGUGCAGUUCUUUCUUUCUUCUGUGCUUUUUACUUCUAUUGGAUCUUCAUUUGGCAUUGAGAGCAUGUUACAGAAAGUAGAGAUUGGUGGUGUGUUAGGGUAGGUUUCUUCAUUUUUGUGGCAGCAGGGGAAAGGACAGAAGCUAUGUACUAGCGUAUGGUAGUUGGCUGACCUGGUAGCCAUUGUUUGCCACAUUUCUGGAAAUUCAGUGGUUAGAAUUGUGGGGAAAUAACUCUAUAUGGUUCAAUCUUUGAUCAUUCGGAUGAUAACUCAAAUCUUUUCAGAAAUGAGGAGUAUGACAGACCAUUCCAGUUACAGCCAUGAAAAAUAGGAGAAAAUCAUGUUUUCAUAAUUAGAAUCAAACAUUUUUCGAAAGAUUAUCCAAAAGGCUGGAUGAAGUUCUUUAGUAUUAGAUUUGAAUUCGAAAUAAUUUUUGUUACUAUGACAUGGAUCGGGAUGAUAUUUUUCAUUCAAAUAGAUGGCUUAAUGAUGGUAGGUUGCGUCAAAUUGUGAUAGAAUUCUGAUUAGCGCAUAUGCACGGUUUGUUGUUGUCGUUCCAUAACUCGUACAUGUUGUUUUCAACCAUUAAAUCAAUACAUAGGGGUUAUGUACAAAAAUACCAUCUUAUUAAUCUAAGGACUGAAGAUGCACAAAUAAACAAUCACGUGAGAUAUACAUCCACAACUAUCAGCAUGAUAUUCUGAAUUGGGUUAACCAUAUCCUAUAUGGAUAUUCGGUCUAAAAUUAAUAUUCAAUGCGCAAAUGAACGAUCAAACAAGAUAUACACCUACAACUAUCAGCAUAGUAGGCUAAAUUGGGUUGAUCCUAUUCUAUAUGGGUAUUCUCUGUAAAAUUGGUAUUCAACAAUGGUUACUCAUUUCUAUGGUGGCACGUUUUCAGUAUGAGUUCUCAAAAUCCUUUGUCUAAAAUUCAAAUAGAAUGGGAAAAUCUCUGGUCUUCUUGGCACCACACAGAGAAUCUACCAAUAGAUUUGAGGGAACGUGAACGAGGGUAUUGAUCAAACGUCGUAUCCAGCCUUUAAACCCCCAUCUUGUAUGGUUCAUCAGAGUCCCCACUGUCUCUGUUGUGUGCUGGUAGGGUUCCCUCUCCUCUCUGGCCGAAGCCAUUUUUCUUCCUCUGUUGAACAGGACACUAAACCAGGACAGUCCUUUCUCUAAGUAAACCCAUAUCAUAUGGGAUGUGGACAAACAAAGCCAACCAAAUAAUGAAUGGCUGCUUUUGCUUUCAAAGAUUUAUCCAUCUUUCGGUUUCAUUCAAGAUUCAUAUAUAAGAUAAAAACAGUAAUAGAAG